CGCAAACAUCCUCCAAUCACCGGACGCUUGGUGGGGCGUUCAGGUGCACGCGCUGCACUGUACACCGCGCCUGCGGGUUUCUUCGCCCGCACUCGUUCUACAAGCGGCUGCGCGGCGCGGACGCUGUACAGGAGGACCACCGCCUUUGCGCCAUCACUGCACAACACAACACAACACGGCACGAUACACAGCACACGACAAAACGCGGCGCUCCGCAUCAGCCGGCUCGCAGCAUCACGGCCGCGGGAGCAGCACAAGGAGCGCAUCCGCAUCCCCAGCAUCCUCCCUGCGCAUCCCUUGCGUGUUUUCCCGUCUUGGUAGAUUUGUGAUAUUUUACCGUCGGAGAUUAUUGCUUCUCACGGCGGCUUUGAAACGGACCGAGAUGCUCGUCAGUCGCCGUUCAUGAGGGGCAAGAAGCUCGUGCUCAUCGUCGUCGUCGCUGCACAGUCAUUCCAAGACCUGCGGAGGGAAAGCUGAGCGACGCAGACGAGGCCUUGGCCGCCGUCUUUUCCGCCCCACCGAGAUCUUCGGUCGCGCCCUCGCCGUCGCCAUGGGAACCGUGCUAUCCCUGUCGCCCAGCUACCGCAAGGCGGCCCUUUUUGAGGACGGGCCGGCCACGGUGGGCCACUACACGGCGGUGCAAAACAGCAAGAACGCCAAAGACAAGGGCCUGAAGCGCCACUCGCUCAUCAACGUGCUGCCGUGGAAGCGCAUCGUGGCCGCGUCGGCCAAGAAGAAGGGCUCCAAGAAGGUGCAGCCCAACGCCACCUACCAGAGCGACGUCAGCCACCUGAACAGCGAGAACCUGAAGAAGUCGCAGUCGUGCGCCAACCUGUCGUCCUUCGCGCAGGACCAGAGCGCGGCGGGGGGCGACAAGGCCUCCGACGACUGCCCCUCGCUCAAGAAGGCCCCGGCGGCGGCGGCCGCCGCCGCCGUGCCCGGGACCCCCAAGCGGGUGAUCGUGCAGGCGUCCACCAGCGAGCUGCUGCGCUGCCUGGGCGACUUCCUGUGCCGGCGCUGCUACCGCCUCAAGCACCUGUCGCCCACCGAGCCGGUGCUGUGGCUGCGCAGCGUGGACCGCUCGCUCCUGCUCCAGGGCUGGCAGGACCAGGGCUUCAUCACGCCCGCCAACGUGGUCUUCGUCUACAUGCUUUGCCGCGACGUGGUCUCCUCGGAGGUGGGCGGCGAGCACGAGCUGCAGGCCGUGCUGCUCACCUGCCUCUACCUGUCCUACUCCUACAUGGGCAACGAGAUCUCCUACCCGCUCAAGCCCUUCCUGGUGGAGAGCUCCAAGGAGGCCUUCUGGGACCGCUGCCUGUCCAUCAUCGACCUGAUGAGCGCCAAGAUGCUGCAGAUCAACUCGGACCCGCACUACUUUACGCAGGUCUUUGCUGACCUCAAGAACGAGAGCCAGAAAGAGGAAGAGCGCGGCCGCCUGCUCGUCGGCCUGGACCGGAGGGCCAUCGCCUGACUGGCGUUCGUCGUCAACGCGGACUCGCGUGGACUUUUGAUGAGCUUGGGACGGAUCGUCAGCUAAGCCGUUGAGGUUUGGGACUUUUUUUUUUUUGGAGGGGAGGGGGGGCGUUCUCUCGGACU